CGUAGCGAAGGGCCCGACAUCGAAUCUCGCUUGGAUAAUGGUUGAACAGCCCCGCAUUAAGCCCCCCACCUUUCACCUUCGAGCCUUCAAGCCUUCAAGCCUUCAAGCCUUUCUUGAGUACCAGCUUCCCCAAUCUCAAAAUGACCUCCCUAUUCUCAAACGAUCUCAUCUCCCCAAAGGUCCUGGAGUCACUACCCGAAGGAUAUAUCUGUCGGCCCCUGCAACGCGGCGAUUUCAAGCUCGGUCAUCUAGAUGUUCUUCGCGGCCUUACCCACGUUGGCGAGAUCACCGAAGAGGAAUGGACCGAGCGAUUUGAUGCGCUGAAGGAAUCAAAUGGCACUUACUACAUCGUAGUGCUUGUUCAGAAGGAAGGAGAUGUCGAGAAGAGGAUUGUGGGGACGGGAACUCUAGUCGUAGAGAAGAAAUUUCUGUAUAAACUGGGAAUUCAGGGACAUAUUGAGGACAUCGCCAUUGUUGAAGAUCAGCAGGGGAAGAGGUUGGGUUUGAUGCUUCUGCAGUUUUUAAGCUAUGUUGCUGAGAAGACUGGAUGCUAUAAGACAAUCCUGGACUGCAGUCCAGAAAAGGAGGGGUUCUAUGUCAAGUGCGGAUAUGAGAAAGCUGGAUUGGAAAUGCACUGCUACUACGAUGCCGAUGCUCAGAAGCACAGAGUAUAGACUUGCUUGAUGGAUUCUCCACUACCACACUACACCUAUUUCUCAUCAUUGGAAGAAACACAUAGAAGCAUUUGCUGGGACCUCCCACAAUCGAAGAAUCUUCGCUUCGUGUGGCAUCACUUCCACAGUGUACGGCACAUCGUACAUUCCUUCCUUGUGUUUCCACAGAUCUCGCACACGAUAUGUAUCCCAUUCCAUGGUCAAGUCUCGACGUGGACUCACACUCAUCUCAGCUGUGAAGCUCCCACGAUUCAACAGAGCAACAGCAUAACUUCCAUCUGACAUCUCCUUCGCGUAUACUUGCAAGUUUUCAUCUUUACCAAUCCCAACAGUCUCGGCUGAAAUCCCAAGUGAAUCCUGAUUGAUUGCGAUUACUUCAUUGUUUGAAAGCGUUUCCAGAUCGUACGCAUCAAGAGUUCGAAC